AUGGCCUCGAGUACCACCAGUCCAAGCGCCGCAACGGCAGAGCCCAGCGCCUUCACAUGGUCCGAGGUGCCUUCCGAACCCGACGGGGGGUUGGCUGUCGAGGACACGAUGGAUGAGGAUGCCGAACUUCCCCACAAGGCCCACACUGAUACGACCAUCUAUCGCAUCCAGUCCGAACCCAACACGCUUUUGAGCGACUUGCUGGCCUAUAUGGCGGAAGGGCAGAUUACGAUGAGUGAGGGCGGAAGACUGCCUGAUUCUUUAGUCAGCGAUUCCAAAGCAGCUAGCGAUGAAGUACGGCAGAAGCUCGAUAAAGUCUUGGCAGCACUGGUGUCGGCGGGUGAUGGAAUGGAUUCCGAUACAACUGUCAACAUCGAAUCCCUUCUCAGUGUGCUCGUAGAGAGCAGCCUCUCCUUCACCUCCAACUCCAACCCCAACCCCACUUCCAACUCCACCGCCGCCGCCCAAGCUGCAAACAACUCCUGGCAUCGCAGGGCCCCCGACUACUCCAUUUUGGAUUCCGACUCCUCCUCACCACCUUACCGCAAAGGCCGGGUCGACAUCUCAACCGCCGCCGGCCAAAAAUGCAUAUCCACCGCCGUCACUGACGGAAUCACCACCUUCCUGACCAACGCUAAUCGAACCAACGCUCUGAAGAAUACCGUCUCCCGCUCCCUGGCUAUUUUGGAGCAUAUCCCCGAGACGAAGGAGAUCAACGAGACGAUGAAGAUGGCAAGGUUAGAACUCGAUGAAGCGCGUAGGUCGGAGCAGUUGAAUGAACGCUCGAGGAAGUGGCUGGCGAAGUGCACAGAGAUGGAACGUGGGGAUUUUGGAGUCGGUGAUUAA